ACAGAGUUAGCAUAGAUUGCUGAUGUGUAUGAAAAUGUCUAUUUUUAACUACAUAAAAUUGAGCUCUUAACAACUACAUAGGGUAUAAUAUUUCACUUAUUCCUUUACAUUGUUGUCUUAUGAAUCACAAGACAAUGUUUUACAGAGGAUUACUCUGAAGAAUUUUUUAAGUAUAUUUUUGAAGACAGAUAACUGAUGAACUCAACUGUGAAGAUCAUUUCUUAAAUUUCCAGCCCAGUUGGACUUUCAGGCAGCAUCAAAUAUGGAAAAUUACUCCAAUGAUAUAUCAUCACGAAGAGUUAAAGUGCUGGAAAAACAUGAAUUCACCAUAGAAAAAGAACUCGGACAAGGGAUUUCAGGACGAACAUUUCUGGUGAAAAAUACAGAUGGAGAUCUUUUCGUGGUCAAAGAGGUCAACUACAGAGAUAACGUGCCUCUCGACACCGUCAAAAAUGAAGUCAACAUCCUAAAGAAGCUUCACCAUGGAUAUAUUGUGGCUUAUGAGGACUCAUUUGAAGAUGUAGAAUCUGGACACUUGUACAUUGUUAUGGAGUACUGUGCCUGGGGAGAUCUUCACAACAAGAUGCAAGCACAGAAAAGAAUCGGGUUUUUUGAAGAACAACAGAUCCGUGACUGGCUGGUUCAGAUUUGUCUGGCUCUACAGUAUAUCCAUGAGAACAGUGUUCUUCACAGAGAUGUUAAGCCUCAGAAUGUUUUCCUUACUGAAGAUGGCUACAUCAACCUAGGAGAUUUUGGCUGUGCAACGGCACUAAGCAGAGCUGAUGCAUACGCACAAUCAGUUGUGGGUGCAGAUCUCUAUGUCAGCCCAGAAGUUUAUCAACGGAGAUAUAAUUCCAAAAGUGAUAUAUGGUCUUUAGGAUGGCUGGUCCAUGACCUUUGCAUGCUGGAUGUGUGGGCUGACUUCAUAGAUCGCCGUCGUCUUCAUGCCAAUAGCAUGGCAGGAACCACCCCUGAAAUCUCAGAGAGGUACUCGGAAGAUCUACAGAAACUUAUCAAACAAAUGCUCAGCCGUAACCCUAAACACAGACCGUCAGCUGAUGAGAUUUUAGCAAAAGAAUUCCUGAGAGAGGCAGUAAACAGAAACGAGAGAAUUCCAGAAGUGCUGGAACAAAAGUUCAUGAGUAGCAUCAAGACCUUCGAUGAGGCCUAUACUGCCCACUAUAAAGCCUUUCGAGCCUUAGUUCAGGACUGGGGGAAAACAACGGAUUCUCUAGAGGCGAUACACUAUCGAGCCACAGCAGGCAGUCUGUCAGGAGCGGUGAUUGGGACAGCAGGAGGAAUCACUGCAGUGGUUGGUGCAAUUCUGGCACCUUUCACUUUCGGAGCGUCUCUGAUUGUAGCAGGAGUUGGUAUUGGAGUUGGCGUCCUAGGUGGUGCAACAGGUGCUGCCUCCAACAUUACCAACACAGUAAAACAAAAAUCCCUCCGCCAGAAGAUUGAAAAACUGAAGCAGGAAUAUGAAAGCGUGAGCGCACCAAUUCUUGAUUCACUGAAAACAGUGAGGAAGUUAAUGACGAAAAUAAUUAAGUUUCAUGAUUUUGUCCGUAAUUCAACGUUUGUUAACGUACAAAUGUCAUGGAGGUUAGGCAGGACCACAGUAGCCGGUGUCACAGAAUUCAUUACUCUGGGAAUGCUGGCAAGUUUCGGCAGGAUUGCCGUUCAGUCUGCCAAAGCUGUCCGAGCAGUAGCAGCAGCAUCAGGUGUGUUGAGUGGACUCUUGGUUAUUGCUGACGUCGCCUUCAUAGUGAAAGACUCCAGAGAGAUUCACCAGAUGAGGCAACAGUGGAAAACAGAUGAUCCAGAAAAGGUCAAAUCCAAUGUACUCAAGUCGAUUGCACAGAUGAGGAAAACACACAAAGAGCUCUGCACUGUCUUGGAGGAAAUAAAAGAAACCAGACAGGAACUAAAUAAGUAUAUAGAAAAGAUCUGGGAAGAUCAAGAAAUAGAGAGUUCAAACAAUUUAACUUAAGACUAAUUCAGCAUUAUUCCCACUUAGGGAUGGGUAUCGUUGAGGUUUUAACGGUAUCACUACUUUUAUCGAUACCACUUAUCGGUUCGGUACUUUAACAGUUCUCUUAUUGGUACUUUUUGUAGUGUUUUUUAUGGAAAAAAAACAGGCAAAUUGAAAAUAACUGUCAACAUUUUGUUUUAUUAUUAUGUUUUUAUUGUAUUAAUAUUUAAUUAUAAAUUAACAUGUUUGCCUUUUCUGGC